AUGAAUCAGCUGCUGUCUAGCACUCAGUUUAGCAAGAUGCUGACACAAAGCAGUCCAGGCUUUGGCGUCUUGAGUCAGCACUCAUUCUUCUCACGACACAACCCUCAUCCAAACAGGGUGAGGCAUAUUCAAGGACUCAACGGCAGGCCCAUUUGCACAGUGAGAGAUGACUGGUUGGUCGCCUCCUCAUUAUAUCCUCAUCCACUUCUCAGGAGUAAUGUACCGGUAAUCAAAAGAGCAGCCGAGUCACUGUUUACUCCUCCAUGUGCUCCACAUGUUCACGAAGCCAGAGGAAACAAAAGCAAAUCGGCCUUUCUCUCUGAGGCAUGGAGGGAUGAACUCAAGGAACUUGCAGCAAAAGUUAGUCAGGCUUCUCAAACGCAAAAUGGCAAAAAAGAGGAAGAAGAACUUGCAUGUAGAAGGACUAGAUAUUCAGCUGAAACUGGAAGAAUCAUCCCUCCAUCCAGCUCAUCCUACCAGAGAAAAUCCCAGUCCCAGUCCCUGAAGCAUCCUCAGCCACUUCAUGAUGCAGAACUCAUGGUUUUGGAGCUCCUUUGUCAGAUCCUGCAGACAGAUUCUCUGUCUUCAGUGCAGCAGUGGCUCCUGCUUGCAGGCCAAAGAGAGAAAGAGCUGGUGAUGGGGAUGGUCACAAAUGCUCUGGAUGGCGUCGACGUCGCUGGCCGUAACCGGCAGAGCUUCCAGCCGCUCCAGGUUUUCCAUACCAGUUCAUCCACGCCUGCAUACGGAUACGGUCCAUCAAUUGAUCCACCAUGGAGAAGAGCACGGAGAACAAGCACACGUCGAACAAGUCAAACUCUCAAUGAAAAACCAGAGAGGAUUGGUGUUGCAGAGAUCCUUGAAGUCCACAAAACAUUUUAG